AUGGUGGGUAUGAGAGGUGCCUACGGUGGUGGUGGUGGUGCUUACAAUGACAGCAAGAGCCGGCCGCAUGGAGGCGGCAUGGCGGCGGCUCCGGUGACAGAGCAGGAGAUUGCGGCGAUGGCAGUUCACAAGGUGGCGCCACCGCCGGCGCAGAGCACGGCGAGCAAGAUGAAGGCGAGGGUGAAGGAGACCUUCUUCCCCGACGACCCGUUCCGGGCGUUCAAGGGGCAGCCGCUGGGGACGCAGUGGCUCAUGGCGGUCAGGUACCUCUUCCCCAUCCUCGACUGGGUGCCGAGCUACUCCUUCUCGCUCUUCAAGUCCGACCUCGUCGCCGGUCUCACCAUUGCCAGCCUCGCCAUUCCUCAGGCAAGCAGCAUCUUCUCCAUGCAUCUAUCGAUGCUUUGCAUGGGCAUUAGCUACGCGAAGCUGGCAAGCUUGCCUCCCAUAAUCGGGCUGUAUUCGAGCUUCGUGCCGCCGAUGGUGUACGCGGUGCUGGGGAGCUCUCGGGACCUGGCGGUGGGCCCGGUGUCGAUCGCGUCGCUGAUCAUGGGGUCCAUGCUGCGUCAGGCCGUGAGCCCCACCGCGGAGCCGCUGCUGUUCCUGCAGCUGGCCUUCACCUCCACUUUCUUCGCGGGGCUGGUGCAGGCCUCCCUGGGCAUCCUCAGGCUAGGGUUCGUCAUCGACUUCCUGUCCAAGGCGACGCUGGUGGGGUUCAUGGCGGGCGCCGCCAUCAUCGUGGCGCUGCAGCAGCUCAAGGCGCUGCUGGGCAUCGUCCACUUCACCACCGAGAUGGGCAUCGUCCCCGUCAUGGCCUCCGUCUUCCACCACACCAACGAGUGGUCGUGGCAGACGAUUCUCAUGGGUGUCUGCUUCCUCGUCUUCCUGCUGUCGGCGAGGCAUGUGAGCAUAAGAUGGCCAAAACUUUUCUGGGUUUCAGCAUGCGCGCCCCUCGCAUCUGUCAUCAUCUCGACCCUGCUUGUUUACCUCUUCAAAGCUCAGAAUCAUGGCAUUAGCAUCAUCGGGCAGCUCAAGUGUGGCCUGAAUCACCCCUCAUGGGACAAGCUACUGUUUGACACAACAUAUUUAGGCCUCACCAUGAAGACUGGCCUUGUCACUGGAAUCAUCUCUCUUACGGAGGGAAUAGCAGUUGGUAGAACAUUUGCCUCAAUUAGGGGCUACCAAGUAGAUGGGAACAAAGAAAUGAUGGCCAUAGGGCUGAUGAACGUUGUUGGGUCAUGUACAUCAUGCUACGUAACAACAGGAGCGUUUUCCCGCUCUGCUGUAAACCACAAUGCCGGCUGCAAGACUGCCAUGUCCAAUGUGAUCAUGGCACUGACUGUGAUGGUCACGCUGCUGUUCCUCAUGCCAUUGUUUGUGUAUACUCCCAAUGUUGUUCUUGGAGCAAUCAUUAUCGCUGCGGUUAUCGGUCUGAUUGAUUUGCCUGCUGUGUACCACAUCUGGAAGAUGGACAAGAUGGAUUUUCUGGUGUGUGUUUGUGCAUUUGCCGGCGUCAUCUUCAUCUCAGUCCAAGAAGGCCUGGCAAUAGCGGUUGGUAUAUCUAUAUUUAGGGUAUUGAUGCAGAUCACAAGGCCAAAGAUGAUGGUUCAAGGGAACAUCAAGGGGACUGAUAUUUACAGGGACCUACAUCACUACAAGGAGGCCCAAAGAGUUUCCGGGUUCUUGAUCUUGGCCAUUGAAGCACCAAUAAACUUCGCUAACUGCAACUACCUGAAUGAAAGGAUUAAAAGAUGGAUAGAGGAAGAAUCUUUUGAACAGGAUAAACAUACUGAACUCCAUUUCAUAAUCUUGGAUCUGUCAGCUGUUCCUGCUAUUGACACAAGUGGCAUAGCGUUCCUCAUUGACAUAAAGAAAUCAAUAGAGAAACGUGGUCUGGAGCUUGUGCUUGUCAAUCCUACUGGAGAGGUCAUGGAGAAAAUACAACGAGCAAACGAGGCUCAAAACUAUUUUAGGCCAGAUUGCUUGUAUCUGACCACUGCCGAAGCAGUCGCUUCACUUUCUGCACUUGCCAAGAUGACAAAACCAUAA